AUGGCGCCACUUGCACGUAAGCACCGCAAGGCAUCACCUUCUCCUUCCCCCUCGGAGGCUUCUUCCAAUUCAGGCAGCGACUGUGAACUCCACCUUGAUGACCACUCCGACCCAGAGGACAGCUUCUUCUCCACAGGGAGCGCCGCCAAUGACGACGUCCAGGAUUCCUCCACCAGUGACGAGGAGGAGGAUGACAAUGAGGAGAGCCUCCAUGAGGAGGAUGACGAUGAGGAGAGCCUCCAUGAUGAUGAGGAUGAUGAGGAGGAGAGCCUCCAUGAGGAGGAGGAUGAUGGUGAGAUGGGAGAGCUCGAGCAGCAGUAUCGCACCCUCCAGGCCAAUCAACAAAGCAUUCUUCAAACCCUGAAACAACACAGGGAUGACGAUGUCUCAAGAGGCCAGGCAGUCAAAAACCAAAAGCUAUCCUUUACAUUCAGUGUUUAUGCUUUCAAACUAUUAACCUCUACAUCCAAUUGCUGUUUACUGAAGGCGCUAUGGGAUAAGACCCUGGAAAUGAGAUUCUUGCUGCAAAAGGCAUUCUCCACUUCAAACAAGCUUCCCAAGGAUCCAUCCAAGUCAAGGUUCUGCAGUCAUGAUCAGGAGAUAGAGCAAGCAUAUAUUGAUCUAUUGGACUCAUCGAAACAGACUCUCGGUUGCAUGCUGGACCUGCAGAAGGCUUUACUGGAGCAGAACCAGGCUGCAAAGGGUGCGAAUGAUACAUUGCCUGACUCGAAUGAAGAGAGUGACGAGUGGUCGCAAGUACAGAAAUUGCAUACAAGGAUAACCCCGUUCAGAAAUACCGAGAUAGAUAAAUGGCAGAGGAAAACACAGGUCACAACUGGAGCUGCUGCACUGAAAGGAAAGUUGCACACAUUUAAUCAGAACAUAAGUGACCAAGUUGCUGGUUACAUGAGAGACCCAAGCAGGAUGAUUAACCGGAUGUACUUGCGGAAAUCUGAUGUUGGUGUAUUCGGGGAGAGUGCAGCAGAGCCUGCUACUACCGUUGAGGGGAAGGAUGUGGAAGGUGAUCCUGAACUUAUUGACGAUUCUGAAUUUUACCAUCAACUUCUCAAGGAGUUUCUCGAGUCGUGUGAUAGUGGAGCAUCUGAGUCUGCAUUUUAUGCUCUAAGGAAGAAGCAGAACAAGAAGAGGAAACUCGUCGAUCGCCGCGCUUCAAAGAGCAGAAAGAUAAGGUACAGUGUUCACGAGAAGAUUGCUAAUUUCAUGGCCCCGGUGCCUAUGACGGUUCCUCCAAUGGCUUCGAAACUGUUCGAGAAUUUGUUUGGAACGGGCAACCUGCAGAAGUCAGCCGCGGUCUGA